UGAGUGACCCCCUGUGGUGUCAGUGGCAUUUCUCGGGGCCUGAGCUCUGCUGUUGGAGUUGGACAUUGAGGACCUUCUCUCACAGAGGAGAAGAUGCGCCGCAAACGCCGCAAGAAGCCCUUCUUGCUGAGGUUCUGCACGCUGCAAGCGGUGUGGAUGGGAAUCGUGCUCCUUAUGGCGUUGGCGUUGGCGAUCCAGACCUUGGGCAUCGCAGUCACCAAACGGAUUCCCUCUGCGCGGCUGCCAGGAGCUGAGGGGUUCGCGGGGGAGCAGAGAGGGGCAGCCAGUCAGCCGUGCGCCCCCAAGACCCACGUCAUGUUCCUGAAGACCCACAAGACGGCGAGCAGCACCGUCCUGAACCUGCUGUAUCGCUUCGGGGAGGCCAGGAACCUGAGCGUGGCUCUGCCCAGAGGCUACCAGUUUGGCUACCCCAUGCCCUUCAACUCUCGCAGAAUUAAGCUCUACAACUCGUUCAGGCACCAGGUUUAUCACAUCAUGUGCAAUCACAUGCGCUUUUACCGUCCUCAGGUUGAGAAGGUGAUGCCCAGAGGAACUUUCUACUUCUCCAUCCUCCGUAACCCGGUCACAUUAGCGGAGUCGGCUUUCACCUAUUACAAGGGCUCGAGCACAGCCUUCAGCAAAGUCCAGAGACUGGAGCAGUUUUACAGAGAUCCCUGGAGAUACUACAGCGUCUCAGAGACCGGCAGCCAUUACGCCAGGAACCUGAUGUGGUUUGACUUUGGCCACGACCACAACGCCAACGUGACAGAGCACUAUGUGGCCGCGGUGCUGAAGGAGAUCGAGGAGACCUUCCACCUGGUCCUGUUGGCCGAGUACUUUGACCAGUCCAUGGUGUUGCUGAGGCAGGCUCUGUGUUGGGACCUGGACGACCUGGUGACCUUCAAGCUGAACCUCAGGAGCAACAAGACGGUGAGCAGAUUGUCCACCGAGACCAUGGGGCAGAUCAGGGCUUGGAACGCCCUGGACUGGAGCUUGUAUCUGCACUUCAACCGGACAUUCUGGCAGCGGGUGGACAGGUACGGGCGGGAGAGGAUGAGGCGCGAUGUCCAGAUCCUACGGGAGAAACGGCAGGAGAUGAUGGAUCUGUGUCUGCAGGGUGGCCAGCCUGUGGAGGCCGCUCAGAUCCAGGACAAGAACAUCAAACCCUUCCAAUACGGUCGUGCCAAAAUCAUGGGCUACAACCUCAAGCCAUCGCUCAACAACCACACGAGGGAGAGGUGUGUGAGGAUGGUGAUGCCAGAGCUACAGUACAAGGACUUGUUGGACUCGAAACUGUUUCCGUCGACCAUGGUAAACAACCUGGCACGAAGGAGACAGCAGCAGCCGUGAGAUGGGCAUCGUGGUGUCAGUGACAGAGAGACUGAGAGAACAUUAUCUGUGGUUCCCGGACACUGACCCCCAACAGCCCAAACCCGCAAAAGUAUUUCUCCACCCAGCACCAGGAACUUAUUCUGUCCCGUAUCCAAACUUUUCCUUCCCCAACCCUCCCCUGACCCUCUCCCCCCUU